GAUCCGCCCACCCGCUCACUGAGGUCUGUGGUCACACGUCGUCUUGUGAUCCUCGGCAUCAGAACCCCUGAGCGGCCCGAGAAGGUCCACAGUCACACUGCGGGAGGAGGACGCGAGUGAACAUCAAUGUCUUCCCCAGGUUAGCUUUCCCCUCCAUCGGCUCGGCCUGCCUUCUCGCUAUCGAGAUAAUGAGAGGAUGGCGGAACACGGAGGCGGGCAGCUCGGACUGACGGAUGCUGGUGAGCAUCAGCACCACAGCGCCAUGGCUUCCGCGGAGGAUCUGUCCUUGGAGGAGAUUCUCGGGCUUUACGGCCAGCCCGUCAACGAGGAGCAGGCUUGGGCCGUGUGCUACCAGUGCUGCGCCACGCUGCUCCAGGAGCACCGGAGGAGGAGGAGAGGCUCCGAUGCUGCCCCCACGCAAACCUACCCGACCAGGAUAUCAGGACCCGGCGAUGUUCGGAUUGCCAAAGACGGAUCUGUGAGGCUGCACCACCAGAGCUGUGAAGGUAAAUACAACGUGUGCACACAAACGGAGGUGAUUGAGUCUCUUGGUAUCAUGGUCUACAAAGCUCUGGACUACGGGCUGAAAGAGAACGAGGAGAGGGAACUGAGUCCUCCUCUGGAGCAGCUCAUUGACAUGAUGACCAACAUAGUGGAGAGCGAUGUCUGCCCUGAUGAAGGCUACGAGGCAACCGAGGAAGAAGAUGACACGGAUGACGACCCUGACAACAUUUCUAGCCUUCAUGGCUACAGGGGUAUCCUCAAGAUGUGUACGGAGCAUUUACCCAGUCAGUCGGAUGCCCCCAGUCACUACCAGGCAGUGUGCCGUGCUCUGUACACGGAGACCAGGGAACUCCGGACUUUCCUAGAGAAGAUCAAGAGUGCCAAAGAGAACCUUCGUAAGAUGGAGGAAGACACAACAGUAGGAGCCAGCAGAGACCUGGAUGAGCUGCAAAACGCAGACUGGGCUCGAUUCUGGGUUCAGGUGAUGAGGAAUCUUCGAGACGGAGUCAAGCUUAAAAAGGUGCAGGAGCGCCAGUACAACCCUCUGCCCAUUGAAUACCAACUUACCCCCUACGAAAUGCUCAUGGAUGACAUCAGGUCCCAACGCUACAAACUGCGCAAAGUCAUGGUGAAUGGUGACGUACCACCCAGGCUUAAAAAGAGUGCACAUGAAGUCAUACUGGAGUUCAUUAGAUCCAGACCCCCCCUCAACCCUGUGUCUGCACGUAAACUCAAGCCACCAACACAGCCUCCUCCCACGCUUCAUGAAAGGAUACUCAAGGAAAUUAAAUCUGAGAGGAAACUUCGAUCCGUGUCUCCCGAUGAGAUCCGCAGGGGGCGACUGGUAAUUCGACCACUUAGUAUGUCUUUCAGUUUUGAUGCGUCAGGUUUUGGCAAAACUCGCAGUAUGCCACAGGACUUGUUCCGUACGGGACUAGAGGAAUUUAGUCCAUACAUGGGCAGGAGGACGUCCAGCACUCUGUCUUUGAACAAUGAACCAUCAUCUCCAAAAAUGCAACCCUCCGGAUCUCGGUCUGUACCCCAGAGGAAGAAGCUUCUGAAGGCUCCCAGUCUUGCUGAGCUCGACAGCUCUGACUCCGAUGAUGAGAUCACAGGGAACAAAUCAAUCAGCACCUCGAGUGUGGCGACAUCUCUGAUGGAUGACACCUCUCCGGAGUCAGCACUGGGAAAGAAGACUCCUCCGCUGUUCCUGCCCAUCUCGUCUACACCGCAACCAGAGAGGCGCCAGACGCCCCAGAGGAGACACUCCAUUGAGAAGGAAACCCCAACCAAUGUCCGACUCUUUCAGCGGCCCUCUAAACAGAACUCUAAAUCUCUGGAAGAAUUUGGUUUCCCUGUGGAGUGUCUGUCUCUGACAGUGGAGGAGGUGAUGCACAUCAGACAGGUGCUGGUAAAGGCAGAGCUGGAGAAAUUUCAGCAGUAUAAAGAAAUCUACACGGCAAUGAAAAAGGGAAAGCUUUGCUUCUGUUGUCGAACCAAAAGGUUUUCCCUUUUCACCUGGUCUUACGUCUGCCAGUUUUGCAAAAAGCCUGUGUGUUCACAGUGUUGCAAAAAGAUGAGACUGCCAUCCAAACCUUAUUCCAGCCUGCCCAUCUACUCCAUCGGCUCUACUAACACUCUUCCCAGGGAGAGGAUAAGUGCCAUGACUUCUGCAGGACAGGGGCUCUCUGUGGCUGGAGGUCCGCUGACUUCAGAUGUGGCUGAAGCAGCGGCCGCUCCGACUUCCAAAGCAGAAGCUAAAGGAGCAGGAAAGGCUUUUGGAGCAGCGGCAGUCAAAUCGGAGAAGUCCUCCAGUGGCCAUCGACGGCCAAGCAUCCACAAGACCAUGUCCAAGCUGUCCAAGCACGGCUCCUUAAAGUCUCAUGAAGCACUAGAGCUUCCACCAGAGCUGACCGAGGACUGGGCCACCAUGGAGGUGUGUGUCGACUGCAAGAAAUUCAUCUGUGACAUUAUCGCCUCCAGCAAGCACAGCCUGUCUCUUGCCACUAAAAGAGCUCGUUUAAAACGCAAGACGCAAUCCUUAUACAUGUCCUCGCCUAAAGGAAGGGAGGAGUACCGGCCCACUGAGCGAACAAUCAGUGAGAUCUAAACUCUAGACGUCUCUGUAUGUACCACAGCCAUAAAUAAUACAACUCUGGGGGGGAUGAGGGCUUUGUUGAUGUGUCCUCGCCAUCAUGUACAGCUCCUCAACUGAAUUAUUUUUUAUCAUUAUGGAUAACCCUUUAAUGUCUACUCGAGAACUUGGAAAAAAGAGAGGAAACACAAUGUUUGUCUGUACUUUCCUCUCAGAGUGAUCCACCCCAGCUCACACUGAAACUAAUAAGCACAAGACAGAAGAAAGACUGUCUGAGCUCUUUGAGCUGUCACAACGUGGGGCACACGAGGCCUGCGCAGUGGUCAUGGGGUAAAGAGUGACAGUCAGAUUUAUCGAAACUAUACAAUAUGUAUCAGGUUUAAUUUAUCUUUGUAUUUUUUUGUAUGCACUCAUCAUUUUGGACAAAUUAUCAAAUUGUCAUUAUUUAAAGUGGCUCAUUUAAUUCUUUCUUUUAUUAACUAAAAUCAUUUUUUGUGCAGAUGUAGUGCCAUAAAGUGAAAUACCCGUUGUCCACAAAGUGUCUUUACAAUGUAAAAAAUAUACAGUAGUACCUCAACUUAUUAAUUGGUUCUGUGACGGAGCUCUUAACUAAAAACACUUGUAUUUUAAAACAAUUUCUCCCAUUGAAAUUAAUUGAAAACAAUGAAUUAGUGUUUGGGCCCCUUAAAACAGCACCAUUUUAACAUAUCACAUGCCAUUUCAAAAGAAAACAAAUAUUUUAUAUAUAAGACAUAUUGUAUAAAAACAAUAUAAGUAAGAAGUAAGGUAAUAAUAAAGCAUUUACCCUGGACAGUGGACUUUAUAUCCUUCCAGCUGCUUUUCCUCAAACACACCAUCAGCAGCUUUUCCAUAGUUUCAUAAAUAAAUGUCCGCAGUUUACUGUAGAUAAUAUUUUAACAUUGUUGGCUGUUGUAUCAACUCAUUGUGAUUCAAUAUGGUACAGACUAGCAGUGAUACGUUCGAAUUGCUUCGCCAAGUUAGCGAGCUACAUGCUCAAUCAGGUUUUUGAUUAUUUAUUUAUUUUAUUCAUUGAAUAUCAUCUGCUUCUUCUUCUUAGCACUGUCCUUCAAUUCCAACAAACAAAGUUAUGUCAAAUUCUAGGUGUAAGCUAAUGCUAGCAUGUAAAGUCAAAUGUUUUGAGGUACCACUGUAUUACAAAAGCAAUGGAUGAGAUAUGUAAAUCAGAAUUAUUUUCUAUACUGCAUGGUUAUUAAAAUGUUUAAAGACAUUGGGUUUUUAAAUCAAACAUUUAUUCAUUCAUGCAUUCACUUCCCUGAACCUAUUACUACUAUGUUAAAAAAUAUUGUGUUUGGAAGAAAAGAUAUGGGACAUCGCCCAAAUAACCUUGCCAAUAUGUAUCAAACCAUGCAAAAGACUUCGAUAUUCUGUGAUAAUUUCCACAGACUUGUCUAUUUGUUUACUUUUAAAAUAUAUUUGUUAAAUUGUAAUGAGACUUUAUGGACACCCUGUAUUUUCUACUCCAUUUGACCCGAGGGAAGGUCUGACAUAAUAAUCCAACAAACUCUCCAAACCCUUUCCCUCCAAGGUUCUAAGUAUUUAGGAAUGAACAAGCAGACAAACAAAAUUGCUAACAUUCGUAAAAGUACCUCCUUGUGUGGUUUGUAUGGUAAACAGUAUCCACAAGUGUCUUGAUUUGAACGUUGCAUUGGUCGUGCCGUGACCUUUUUUAAAUUUAGGUUGUGUCUAAAGCAUUAUAAUAAUAACAACAUCUAUAAAUCUCUUGUACAAACCAAUAAUUGCAUAGCUGGUGUACAAACAUUUAUGACACAAAUGUGCCCAUAUUGAUGUUGGAAGUCAUGCUUUCUAAUGUUUAUUUAUUUACUUGUUAUAUUAAUUAUAUUUGAUUUUAAAUAGCUGCAUUCUCUACAUUUUUAUAAUUGGCUAUUUUAACCGGCUGUUUCUUUUUGGCAGUAACAUUGCAGUAAUUAUUCUACAUCACAUUUACUUUAGUCUUCACACCAUUCAUUAUUUAUAAGUGCUGUUUAAAAUGGCACAUUGUACAUUACAUACAAUGCCUACGACUGUAUUACAGUUAUUUUCCACAGACGUUUUGACAACACACACUCAGCUCAACAAAUUUAAUAUAUGCGGUUAUUAUGCCUUCCUUUGCGAUCCAGAAACUGACUUCCUAAAUGUUGGCUUCAUUUUGUUUUGUUUUGCCUUACAAGUUUGAAUAUAUUAGUGGUCACACUAGUAUGUUAACAUGUCAUCUACAGUGAGUGUACAAGUUGUUUUUGCUGAAUGAUGUGUUUCAAUUGUGUUGCCUUGAUGGUGUUUGUAGGUUGGAGGAAGAAUGGAGAAGUCCACAAGGAGAAACAGCGUCAUGCAUGAACAGUUUCACUUGUAUCUUCAGUGUGUAUUAUCUUCAAACUCAAAUUCCUUGGCCAGAAUGCAACAAAUGAACAAAAAUAAAUGCAAUA